AUGUGUGCCAAAGGUGCAAUACUGAGAAUGUACCCUAUCCUGGCCUGCUGCAACCUUUACCUAAUUCCUGAUCAGCUGUGGAGACAUGUGAGUAUGGAUUUCAUUGAGGGCCUACCCAAAUGUCAGGGUAAAGAAGUGAUUUUGGUAGUGGACAGAAGGUCUAAGUUUGCCCAUUUCAUUGCUCUUGUUCAUCCAUUUACAACUAGUAUUCUUGCAGAUAAAUUCAUGAAAAGGAUACACACCCUCCAUGGAUUGCCUGAAUCCAUUGUCUCUGAUAGAGAUAAGAUUUUUCUGAGCAAUUUCUGGCAAGCUCUGUUUAAGUUAUUGGGCAGCAGAUGCAUUAGCUGCUUAGUGAUAAUCUCUCUAAGGCUCAAGAGAGAAAGAAGAUGUUUGCGGAUAGGAAGCGGACUGAAAGAGAGUUUCAGGUGGGUGGUGGGUGACUGGGUGUUCCUUAAGCUUCAUCCAUAUAGGCAUUCAUCCUUGGCCCUGAGGAAGAACUUGAAGUUGUGUACAAAGUUUUAUGGCCCUUAUCAAGUGCUUGCCAAGGUGGGACCAGUAGCUUACCGGCUUGCUUUACCCCCUACUUCGCAAGUUCAUCCUGUUUUCCAUGUAUCACUUUUGAAGAAGAGAGUAGGCAAGGAUGUUGUGGUUCAAACUGCAUUACCAGCUACUAGUAUGGAUGGGCAAUUUCAAGCGCAUCCUGUGAAGAUUUUGCAGCGACAACUGGUGCAACAGGGCAAUAGUGCUGGUGUUCGUGUGCUGGUGCAGUGGUCUAAUUUGGCUCCCGAGGAUGCCACUUGGGAGGAUUAUUCUUUUCUCAAGUCCAAGUUUCCUGGAUUUGAUUCUCAGCCUUGA